UUUAUCAAACCUCAGUAAACAUAGUGCGGGGUUGUACGGAUACGAAGCAGUUUGAAGUUUUGUCAACAACGGUCUAAUCGGUAGCGCAUAUAAAAACGGACUUGCUUGCCAUUGUUCCGGUUUAGUUAAUUACUAAUUUUCGUUACGGUACGGUGUGUUUCGUCAGUUUCGCCUUCUUCGAAUGUGGUGGGAAAUGGAUGGUGAAAACCAAAAGAUUAGCGAGCAAGCGCUCAAUACGGCGGACAUCUAUAAGGGUCUUUCGCUGCCGAAACGUAUCGACAGUCCUUAUCAAUUCACCGGUUAUGGAUCGCAACAGGAAGGACGGAACCCAAUAUAUCGUACCUCAAACGCUGACUAUGGCUAUUAUCCACCAUGUCCGCAUACCGUACCGCACAAAUACUUUCCAAAAUCCCACAAAUUCACCGGUCAUCUUUACCAGUGUGGCAUGUUUCGAAACUACUCGCUUAAUACUGCCGUGGAUCGUCCGUAUUGUAAAUUUAAUGAAUAAUUGAUACGCCCUGAAGCUGAAUACAUUAUUUUACAUAUACCA